AUGUCCAUUCUGCUCAUCAAGUCACAUAGGAGACAAAUGGAUAAAACUGUAUGCUAUUUCCUCUCCUUGUCAUCUACAGUGAGUUCAUCUCCUGCAACUUUAAAAAGCAGAGUUUUCCUUCCUACUGAUAGCAAUCAUGUUUGUCAGAUUAAAUUUUAUUAUUGGAUUGGUCACAUAAGUGGAAAAUUGAUGGUGGAACUCCAAAAGCAUGGUGAUGGUUCCUAUGAAAAUAUCUGGCAAGAAUCUGGAAGGCAACACAAUCAGUGGAGAACAAAUAUAAUUACAAUCAAUAGCACUGACAAGUUUAAGCUGCUGGUAGUACAAGCUCACAAGAUGGCAUUGUUUCUUGACAAUAUUCUUAUUUCCAAAGAAGCAGCUGCUCCACAAUUGCUAGUUGUGCUUUUCUUCACCGUUAAAACUCAGGAAAAAGACCCUGGAGUGAUUGUAGACAGGUCUCUGAAAACAUCAGCUCAAUAUUCAGCAGUGACCAAAAGAGAUCUGUCAGGGAUGAAGCCUCUGGAAUAUCAAAACAACAUAGUUGUCAUUUUACCUAACUUACUCUUAAACCUUGUCCAGGUUAUCAUUCAAGGGAUAUUUGAGACCCAGGGACAAGCUGAAACCAUUGCUGUUGAUGAUGUUUCUUUCAGUGAAGGAUGUUUUCCAGAAUUCGGAAUCCAUAAAUGCAGUUCAGCCAGCUAUGGGAGGGAAUCAUCAAAGCACAGUGGGAUUCUUUGGUGGUACAAAGGCAAUAGAAUGUUUCCAAGACAAUUAUCCCUCUCUGUGGCCCAGGGCAUUGCUAGAGAGAAGGAGCCAAGACCAGAACCAUUAGCAGCUAACAUAAGAUACAGCAUGAUUGAGAUUGCUUUAAUUUAUACAAGGGCAUUGGGCCUGUAUAUUGAUGACCCGAAUUUUAGGGAAUCCCAGGGCCAUUACAUGUGGAUAGGAGCUAAUGAUAACACAUUAUACAAAAGAGUUUAUUUUAACAGCUCCAUGUGUCAUUGCUUUGGCAAGAAUUGCCAUCUUCAAUUUUAUUACUCUAUGACAGACAGCAGCAUUCUCAAAGUGGUACUGUAUAUUAAUAAGGAGGAACAAGUGCUGUGGGAGACUCAUACAUCAACUAACAAGGAAUGGGUCAGAGCUGAUGUGCGGGUACCAGCAGAUCUGAAAAAAACAAAGCUUGCAUUUAUAGGAACUAUCCAGAGCAGGACAGGUUAUAUCUGUGUGGAUAACCUCCAGUUCUCAGACUCUGCAAGGCCACAGUCACCAGGGCUCUGCUCUUCAGGGAAGUUCAUCUGUGCUAACGGCCAAUGUCUUGCCAGUGAAUCAGCCUGUGAUUAUCAUUUGGACUGCUCUGAUGGAAGCGAUGAAGAUCCAACAGUUUGUUCAAAUUAUACACUUUGUGACUUUGAGUCUGAUUUCUGUGGAUGGAAGCCAUUACGCACAGAGGAAAUGGAGUGGAACAGAGUAAAAGGACAGACUUCCAGCAAUGUGAGUCUUCCUAACGGAGACCAUACAACUAAUGAUGAACAUGGAUCAUUCAUUUAUUUUAGUGGCUCACUGCUGACAAAUACAACACCAAUUAUAUCCAACCUCAGGAGUCCUAUCCUUACCAGGCUGUCUAGUGAACCAGCUCAGUGUCAGAUGAGAUUUUGGUAUCAGUUGUCUCAGGAUUCCCAGCUCUCUGUCUUCAAGAGAACUGUUCUUGAUGGGGAGAUUCAAAACCUAAGUGUGAUAUCAGGACUGUCCACGAUGCAAUGGACAAAGGCAACUAUUUUUAUAGGAAGUGCAUCUGAAGAAAUGCCAACUCCUUUCCAGAUCAUUUUACAAGCUAUAGUUCUGUCAAAAAAUGCCACUGUUGCUAUAGAUGACAUCAGUGUCACAACGGAGUGUGGUGUUACCUAUGAAUCACUUACAGAUGGCAUCAAAGAAAGCAAAGCUGCUAAGUGUGACUUUGAAAUAGACAACUGUGGCUGGUCUGAAACUGUAAGCACAGAUGCAUUUGACUGGGUAAGAAGCUCCAGAAGUGGUCUUCCAUCUGCCUUUCAGAAACAAGCUCCUGCACGGGAUCAUACCUAUAACAAAUCUGAAGGUCACUUUAUGUUCAUUCUGCAAAACAGCAGCAGCAUUUCACAGGUUGCUCAGCUACGGAGCCCCAGGUUCAGUCAGACUGGCUCAGAUUGCACCAUUUCUUUCUGGUAUUACAAUUAUGGUCUCUCAGUUGGAGCAGCAGAAAUGCAACUGCACAUUGAUGGACUGAAGGACACCACUGUUCUCUGGAGGGUAUACUAUAAUCAGGGUUAUCAAUGGUUAAGGGCCUUCAUUCAGCUUGGCCGCCUCCCUUGGCCUUUCCAGUUAUCAUUAGAUAAAAUUAGCCUUGGGUUUUAUGAUGGUAUUUCAGCGAUUGAUGACAUAAUAUUUGAGAACUGUGCUCUUCCACCUCCAGCAGUAAGCUGUGACACUCAUGAUCAUUUCUGGUGCAGACACACGAGGGCUUGUAUAGACAGUUCAUUGGUUUGUGAUCUUGUGGAUAACUGUGGGGAUGGAUCUGAUGAGGAAAAUUGCAACCCUGAGCUACAAUGUAACUUUGAAAAUGGGCUGUGCAACUGGGAGCAAGGCACAGAGGAUGACUUUGACUGGAUCAGAAAACAGGGCCCAACGCCAACGUUUUACACAGGACCAUUAAAGGAUCAUACUUUUGGCACAAUCAAGGGGCAUUAUCUCUACAUGGAAUCCUCAGAGCCUCAUGUGUUCCAAAAUACAGCAGCUUUGCUCAGUCCGAUCUUUAAUGCCACUUCCCCUGAUGGCAAUAAAACAUGUAUUUUCCGCUUCCAUUAUCAUAUGUUUGGAAAGCAGGUUUAUAGAUUGUCAAUCUUCAAGAGAACUGUGAGCAAUACCAAGGGACAUCUGCUAUGGUACAAGUUUGGAAAUCAAGGCAACAGAUGGAUAAGACAAACCCUCUACAUUACUAGCCCUGAGCCAUUUCAGAUCUUGGUGGAGGGUACUGUAGGGGACGGUUUCACUGGAGACAUUGGAAUUGAUGACUUUUCUUUUAUGGACUGUAUCCUUUACAACGGAAAUUUGCCAACAGUCUCAACAACACCCUCUGGAACACGUAUUCCACCAACACUCCCUACAAACAACUGCACAGAGAAGGAAUUUGUCUGCAGAGCCACUGGCCACUGCAUACAGAGGAUCCAGAAAUGUGAUUUCAGACCUGACUGCUCUGAUAAGUCUGAUGAAUCAUCUUGUGCCAUGAAUUUUUGUGAUUUUGAAGACAAAGACCUAUGUGAAUGGUAUCAAUCGGCAACAGAAGUGGCAGCAGCAACUGUUUUGGUCUAUACAACUCCUACAUUCCGGUGGAGCCUUGGAAGAGGAGCCAGUGUCCAUCCAGGGGAAGAAAAAUGCAGGCCAGCAAAUGAUCAUACUAUGGCUACAAGGGAAGGCUGGUACCUUUAUGCAGACAGUUCAAAUGGAAACUUUGGUCACACUGCUGAUAUUGCUACUCCAGUCAUAUCUCUUACAGGACCCAAAUGCAAGCUAGUAUUUUGGAACUAUAUGAAUGGUGCAACAGUGGGUUCUCUACAGGUACUGAGUAAAAUUGGUAAUGUGACGUCUGAACUUUGGGCUCAAAGUGGCAGCCAAGGUGCACAGUGGAACAGAGCAGAAGUGUUCUUAGGAGUACGCUCUGAUUUUCAGGUGGUUUUCCGGGCAAAACGUGGUGUCAGUUAUUUGGGAGAUGUGGCAGUCGAUGAUAUUUCCUUUGAAGACUGUUCCCCUUUGCUCAUCCCAGGCAGACCCUGCACUUCAGAAGAAUUCACAUGUGCCAACAAGCACUGUAUCCCGAAGGAUAAUCUGUGUGAUUUUAUGAAUGACUGUGCUGAUAACUCAGAUGAGAGCCCUAACAUUUGCAGUACAUCCAUAGGGCGUUGUGAUUUUGAAUUUGAUCUUUGUGACUGGGAGCAAAGCAGGAAAGAUGACUUCGACUGGAAUCUCAGAACUGGCAGCACUCCAAAAACUGGUACUGGGCCAACUGCUGAUCAUACUUUGCAAGGACCAUCUGGUCAUUACAUCUUCAUAAAGAGCUCGUUCCCUCAGUUGCCAGAGCAGAAAGCCAGGAUUUCUAGUCCCAUGCUAAGUGGAAACAGCAAAAAUUGCAAGAUACUCUUUUAUUACCACAUGUAUGGAGCCAGCAUUGGCUCUUUAAUUGUCUAUCAAGUGACAUCCUCAGGGCAAGAAAAUGUCCUCCUCAACCUGACUGGAAACCAAGGGAAUUACUGGCAGAGACAUAUAUUGGGCCUGGAUGCAGAUGAAGACUUUCAGGUUACCUUUGAAGGACAUGUUGGGAAAGGCCCCAAGGGUGACAUAGCACUCGAUGACAUCACAUUCACUAAGGAAUGCUUGCCAUCAACAGAUGUCUUACUAGAAGAACCCUCAGCACUACCUCCAACAGGCUCCUGCUCACAUGGCUAUUGGGAAUGUCAGAAUGGCAAGUGUUACAGACCAGAACAAAGCUGUGAUUUUGCAGAUGACUGUGGGGAUAAUACCGACGAGAAUGAAUGCGGUACUUCCUGCACCUUUGAAAGAGGCAGAUGUGGUUGGCAAAAUUCCCUAAGUGACAACUUUGACUGGACUCUGGGAGAUGGCUCGUCUCAAAGUCUUAGACCUCCCAAGGAUCACACGCUUGGAAAUAAAAAUGGACAAUUUCUGUAUCUUGAAGCUACACCAAUAGGAUUAAGAGGAGAAAAAGCCCAUGUGAAAAGCUCCCGAUGGAAAGAAUCAAGGUCAGAUUGUAUGAUGAGCUUCUGGUACUUCAAGUCAUCCAAAGCCACAGGAGAUAUUCACGUUCUCAUUAAGACUGAUAAUGGAAUAUCAAGAAUAUGGAGUGAGUCUAGAAAUCAUGCUGGUGAAUGGAAGAAAGCAGAAAUACACCUGGGGAAAUUGAGGAAUUUUGAGGUCCUAUUUGAAGGCGUUCGCGCCAAAGAUCUAGGAGGAGGAGCAGCAAUAGAUGACAUUGAGUUCGAGAACUGCACCACAAUUGGAGAGAGUCCUAGAGAAUGCCCAGCAAUCACUGAUUUUGUGUGUUGGAACAAGAAUUGCAUUGAGUCUCACCUUGUUUGUGACUACAAACCAGACUGUGAGGACCAAUCUGAUGAAGCUGACUGCAGUCACUAUACAAGUAUUCCUGGAAGCUGUAACUUUGAAACACAAGGCCAAGAAUGGACUGUUAUGUGUGGUUUCACACAAGAUGCUGGAGAUGCUUUUGAUUGGAGUAUUGGCAAUAGCAGUGUCACCAAGCAAAAUGGCCCUGGGGCUGACCAUACACCAGGUAAUGGACAACAUUUUUUGUAUGUCAACUCAUCUUCUCAGAAGACAGGGGACACAACAAGGAUAGUUACUACUAGAUUCUUCCCAGCCAGUCUUGGAGUGUGUAGAGUUCGGUUCUGGUUCUGGUUGUGUAAUUCUAGGCGAACAGGAUCCUUAAAGGUUUACACAGUUGAAGAACAUGGUAUGGAUAUUCUCAUGUGGUCUUCAAGCAGGAAAAAAGAAAGGAGAUGGAUGUAUGCAAAUGUGGUCCUCUCCAGUAACAGUCCUUUCAAAGUUGCAUUUGAAGCUGAAGUGGGGGCAAAUGAGCUCACAGAAUUUGCUCUUGAUGAUAUUUCUUUCACUCCUGAAUGUAUGGCUGGAGGACCGACCAGACCCCAACCUCCAACCUGCAACAGGGACCAGUUCACCUGCAUGUAUGUCCAGCAGUGUCUGUCUCCUGCUGUAAAAUGUAAUGGGGUAGAAAACUGUAUAGAUGGAACAGAUGAAAUUAAUUGUUCUACUGAAAUACCAGCCACUGUUUCUCCAUGGCUUUGCAAGGACACAGAGUUCCUGUGUAAUAAUAAUCAAGGAUGUAUCCCAUCACUCCUGAGAUGUGAUGGUGUGCCUGACUGCCAACUUAAUGAAGAUGAAGUGGAUUGUCCCAUUAAAGAUUGCUUCAAUGGUUCUUUGUUGUGUGCAUCAACUAACAGAUGUAUUCCGCGCUCUCAGCGUUGUGAUGGUAUCUCAGACUGCAUUGAUUUCAAUCUUGAUGAAUCCAGCUGUUCAGAUUGUCCUGAUGGCUAUUGCAAAAAUGGAGGAACCUGUAUCAUCAAAGAAGUUAUUCCUUUAUGCCAAUGUGUAAAAGAAUGGAGAGGAAAUCGUUGCCACAUAAAGGUUACAACUCCCCAAACGCCAGGUUCCAUUCUCCUUCAAAAUGAUAUUUGGACCGGGUUGGGUGUCGGAUUAACUCUCUUGCUGAUCAAAAUUGCAGUCAUUGUCUUCUGUUUCCUUUCAAAAAGGAAAAUGCCAAGAACGAAACAAGAGGAAAUCCCUACAACUUCAUUUGCCAACCCAUUGUAUGAGGAUUUUAGCUCAUCUAGGAAACAAGAGCCUACAGCAUACGUUACCUCACCCUCUGUUCAGAUCAGUGUUUCUCCAUGGCAGACACUACAAGAGAAUUCUUCCAACAAAGACCAACAUGUGCCUUCCUUUGCAAAUCCUCUCUACGGCAAAGCAAUAGGAAAAAUGGAGAACUUACACAAUUCCUUGAAAUAGGGAUUGAAAUAAUACACAACUUUCCUCUUGGCUGAAGAUUUUUUCUUUCCCUGAAAUCUAGUGGAAAGUUUGUUAUGAUAUUUUAGCAUUAGUAAUUUGAAUGAAAGUAGAAUAAUUCUUCUAUUAGAAUAAUUAUACUCCAAAUAUAACACUACAUUGAAAAUAGCAUCCAUGCAUAUGUAAAAGUAUAGUCCUAUGUAAUAUUUCUAUUGGCACAAAAAUAGACUAGUUACUGGAACUAUGAAUUCAUUGCACAUUUUGAGCAGUUCAGAUGCAGUGUAUGAAUAAAAAGGAAGUUUCACUUAA